GCGCGGGGGCCGUCCCGGUACCGGGGGCCGUCCCGGUGCGGCGGGGCGGGGCGGGACAGCGGGAGACAAAGGAGAAAACUUCGCGGAGAGCGAGAGAGCGGCCGGGACACCGGGAGCCGGCGGGACACCGGCCCCCCCGAGGCCCCGGCCCGGCGUACGAGACCACCCCCCCGCACCCCCUCCCGGGCAUCGGCUCCGCCGACAGCGGGGCUGGGACGGCCGGACCCCCGGCCCGGGACACCGGGGCAGCCGGAGCCCCCCCCCGGGCCGAGCCCCCGGUGGCGCUGAGCCCCCCUCCCCGGGCCCCCCCGGUGCGCGGCGGGAUGCGGCGGGGCUGAGCGAGCGGCCGCUGAUGAUGAAGCUGCCACCUGCCUGCUGCCGGCUCCAGACACUGGGGGCUGCCCUGGGGGUCUGCGUCACCAUCGGCUUCACGGUGCAGCUCCUGGGGGGGCCCUUCCAUCGCAGGGCCCCUGCGGCCCCCGCUGGCCGCCCCCCGGCACCCUGCCAGCCCCGCACCCACCUGGUGUUCCUGAAGACCCACAAGACGGGGGGCAGCAGCGUGGUCAACCUGCUGCACCGCUUCGGGGAGGCGCGGGGGCUGCGCUUCGCCCUGCCCCACCGCUACCAGUUCGGGUACCCCAACCCCUUCCGGGCCGAGCGGGUCAAGGGGUACCGCCCGGGGGGUCCCCCCUUUGACAUCAUCUGCCACCACAUGCGCUUCAACCUCACGGAGGUGCAGAAGGUGAUGCCCAACGACAGCUUCUACUUCUCCAUCGUGCGGGACCCGGGGACGCUGGGCGAGUCGGCCUUCGCCUACUACCGCGCCGUGGCGCCGGCGUUCCGGCGGGCCCCCUCGCUGGCCGCCUUCCUGGCGGCCCCGGGGCGCUUCUACGAGGCCGGGGCGCGGGGCAACCACUACGCCCGCAACCUGCAGUGGUUCGACUUCGGGCUGCCGGCGGCGCGGGAUGGGGAUGGGGCGGCGGUGGCGGCGGCGCUGGCGGGGCUGGAGCGAGCCUUCGCCCUGGUGCUGCUGGCUGAGCACUUCGACGAGUCGCUGGUGCUGCUGCGCGAGGCCCUGUGUUGGCCCGAGGAGGCCGUGGUCGCCUUCGCCCACAACGGCCGCCCUGCCGGGGACGGUCCCCGCGUCUCGCCCGCCCAAGCCGCCCGCCUGCGGGCCUGGAACAGCCUGGACUGGGCGCUCUACGCCCACCUCAACCGCUCCUUCUGGCGCCGGGCCGAGGCCUUCGGGGCCGCCCGCCUGCGGGAGGAGGUGGCCCGUCUGCGCCAGCACCGCAGCGCCCUGGCCCGUCGCUGCCUGCGGGGCGGCGGACCCCUGCCCGCCCGCGCCAUCCCCGACGGCCGCCUCCGCCCCUUCCAGCCCCCCGGCCGGGCUCAGAUCCUGGGGUACGCCCUGCGGGCCGGGCUGCCCCCCGAGGAGCGGGAGCGCUGUGCUCGCCUCGCCACCCCCGAGCUGCAGUACAAGGACAUCCUCGACCGGCGGCAGUUUGGGUGGGGCAACGCGUCUGUCCCACCCGCGGGGUAGCCAGGGGGGCCCUGGCGGUGAUGCGCGCGCCGGUGAUGCGGUGAUGCGCGGGCCUCGGUUUACCUGGGCCGGGUGAUGGGGCCCUGUAAGCCUGAUGGGGAUCAGGGCCCGCCCCUGGAACCACUUUGUGCCUCAGUUUACCUGCUGUGGGUAGUGCUGCUUCCCCCCCACCUAGUCUAAUAGGGACUGGUGUCCCCCCAUGGUACAGCUCCGUGCCUCGGUUUACCUGGGCUGGUGACAGCCAGCCCUAAUCCUGACAGGUCUCAGGGUCCUCCCAUGGUACCACCCUGUGCCUCAGUUUACCCAAGACGGGUAAUGGGCCCCACUCUGGUGGGGAUCAGCCCCCACGGUACAGCUCUGUGCCUCAGUUUACCCAGGUCGUCUAACGGGCCCCUGCUGCUCUGAGGAUCAGAACCCCCCCCACGGUACAGCUCCAUGCCUCAGUUUACCCAGGCCGGGUAAUGGCCCCCCUCCGUGCGCACGGGGACACCUAGGAGCCCCUGGUGGGAGGGGCUGGCGCAGGCCCCGCCUCAUUAAGCCUCGCUUUGUGGUAACUAUGGCAAUAAAGACUGGAAUGAGACCUCUGA